AUCUCGUGAUGAGACUUUGUGAGUUAUAAGACCGUGAGAGAAAUGACAGAUAAUUUACGAUGUCCAACGGCUUUGUAAAUGUGACGAAUUUAAGUUCCCAAAAGGCUUUAAAUCAUAGCUACUCAGCAGAUGGAACUGGGACAGAAAUUCAACCAAGUCGGAUCGGUCUCGUGAUCGCUUUCUAUGUAAUGAUAGUGCUCUCACUGGUGGGUAAUACAGUGGUAAUCAAAGCCAUCAGAAGAAUCGGAAAGAACUUACGACGACCAGUACAUUUCCUAUUUAUCAUAAACCUUUCUGUGGCCGAUCUCCUUUUUGCUUUAGAGAUGACACCUAUGAUCUGUGUUCAUCUGCUCUUGGGAGGAGCAUGGCAUAUUCGCGGUCAAUUCGGAGAGUUUCUCUGCCGAUUUGACGUGUUUUUGUCCGCAGUUUUAAUUCUUACGUCGAAUCUGACGAUUUCAGCCAUCGCUGUGGAGAUGUUUCUGGGGAUAUUUUUCCCUUUGAAGGCGCUGCUGUCGAAGAAAAGGGCGUAUUUUAUUAUUGCCGCCACGUGGUUUGUAAGCGGGUGUUAUAGCAGUCCGCUGUUUUCUUUUGCACAUCUCAAAGCACACGGCAUCGGUGACGUAAUAUGUUUCGUCGGCAUAAAGAACGAAGAGGUCGUACAAUGGUUUACAUUUCAAACAGUGUUGUUGGCGGCGGGAUUUGUGAUCACUCUAGCGUUGUAUUCAGCCAUCGGUAUCAAACUUUGGCUCCUUAAAUCACCUGGAUUUCACUUCCACCAGUUAUCUCUUCACUUCGGCUUUUAUGACAAGCUCACCCCGUACUACAGCAACAUCUCAGCAUUCCUUAUGCUUUGUAACGGAACUGUAAACCCAGUCAUUUACAGCGCGUACAACACGGAUAUUCGGGAUGAAUUCAAAUCCUUGAUCACUUGUAAGCCACCGCCGGAACGCCUGCGAAGUCUGAUAGCAUUUUACACCAGGGCGAUAGGGAAGAAAAAAUUUAAAGAUUUAGAAGCGAGAUCACCUAAUCAACAGUUUCCUAUGGAUGGGUUGCCUAGGAGAAUUAGCGGCCAGUCGACAAAAGUGAAGCCAAUUGUUGGUGAAAAAAACUUGACUUGUAGUUUUGAAGACACACGACUGUAACGUGAAACAAUGGUCACGCGAACUUUAAGACUUGAGUCACGCGAUCUUAUGAGUAGCGCAAUCCAAUUUUUCAGCUAAAAGAUUGUCCACACAAAUACAUAACUGAUUCACUUGAAAUUUGGCGUUUCUUGUUUUAUUACUGUCCCUUAAUUUUCCCUUGCCGAAACCUCACAGGCUGCUUCUUUGCACUACUGCUUAAGUAAUUUUCCCCGUAGGCUUGUUAGCUCAGUUGGUAAAGCGCUGCAUCGGUAUCGCGGAGAUCAUGGGUUCAAAUCACGUAGAGGCCUUAAUUUUUUUCAGGCCUUAUUUUCACUACUUCUUAAGUAGAGUUCAUUAUUAUCCAACUGCACUAAAUAAAGUGUAAAUAACACUCGAAUGGAGUAAAAAUAUUCCGCAAUAUUGCGUAAGUUUAUUUUGUAUUGUCGAAAAACCUGUUUGAGAGGUUGGCUACAUUUGCCUUCUCUAGUGCCGAAUUUAACAUUUGUACCAUUGUUCUGAGUUCACAGCCCUCAGCUCGCCAAGUACCGACAGCGAUUCCCGCGAAGCGUCGUCGCCAUGUGUUUGAGUCAGAUCAUGAAAAUGAAAUUCUUUUUUAUAUGCUAAGAGCUCGUCCAUGUCUGAGAAUUCGUCUUCCGGUAGAUUCAAGGCUUUGUUACUAGCGAUAAAUUAUUCAUCGCUUUUCGUUGAUAAACGAACACAUUUGUACUUGCAGCACUUUCAAAUGUGUACGAUUUGAGAACAAAGAUCGAAAAUAAAAUUUAAC